CAGCGGGAGGCGGAGCGAGUCCAAAAUGGCGGCUCUCAGGCUGGCGCGCUCCGUGCUGCUGGCGCUUUGAGGUGGUCGCCAGGGGUCGGGGGGACGAUUUCCCCGCCGCGGGGGCCCUAGAGGAUGAAUCGAGGGCUCUGCUAAGGUUAGGCGGUGGGGGUGGAGAGAGUGGCAGCAAGGGCUGCGGUGGAGUCCACGGAGCGGGAUGUGCGAGAGUUACUCCAGGUCGUUGUUGAGGGUCUCGGUGGCGCAGAUCUGCCAGGCGCUGGGCUGGGACUCGGUGCAACUCAGCGCCUGCCACCUCCUCACGGACGUGCUGCAGCGCUAUCUGCAGCAGUUGGGACGGGGCUGCCAUCGGUACUCUGAGCUGUAUGGCCGAACAGACCCAAUUUUGGAUGAUGUUGGUGAAGCUUUCCAGCUUAUGGGGGUUAGCCUUCAUGAACUAGAAGACUAUAUUCACAAUAUUGAACCUGUGACUUUCCCACAUCAAAUUCCUUCAUUUCCUGUUAGUAAGAACAAUGUCCUCCAAUUUCCUCAACCUGGAAGUAAAGAUGCAGAGGAAAGAAAAGAGUACAUUCCUGAUUACAUGCCACCCAUUGUGUCUUCACAAGAAGAAGAAGAAGAAGAGCAGGUGCCCACUGAUGGUGGUACGUCUGCAGAAGCCAUGCAAGUUCCACUGGAAGAAGAUGAUGAACUGGAGGAGGAGGAAAUUAUUAAUGAUGAGAAUUUCUUGGGUAAGAGACCAUUGGAUAGUCCCGAAGCUGAAGAAAUGCCUGCCAUCAAGCGACCACGACUAUUAAGCACUAAAGGGGACACCCUGGACGUAGUGGUAUUGGAAGCGCGAGAACCCCUCAGCUCAAUAAAUACCCAAAAGAUUCCGCCAAUGCUCUCUCCGGUCCACGUACAGGACAGUACAGACCUGGCCCCUCCGUCACCCGAGCCACCAAUGUUAGCUCCAGUUGCAAAGUCACAAAUGCCAAUCACAAAACCAUUAGAAACGAAGUCAUUUACAGCGAAAACAAAGACUAAAACUAGUUCUCCAGGGCAGAAGACUAAAUCACCUAAAACUACUCAGUCACCAGCAAUGGUCGGAAGUCCUAUUCGGUCACCAAAAACUUUAUCCAAAGAGAAGAAAUCUCCUGGACGCUCUAAGAGCCCCAAAAGCCCCAAGAGUCCCAAGGUGAUGACUCAUAUUCCCCAAGCACCUGUCAGACCGGAAACACCAAAUAGGACUCCUUCAGCUAUGAUAAGUGAAAAACUUAGUAAAGAGACCAUUCAGGUAAAACAGAUACAGACCCCGCCAGAUCCUGGGAAACUCAACAAUGAGAAUCAGCCAAAGAAGGCUGUCGUGACGGAUAAAACGAUCGAUGACUCUAUCAAUGCCGUGAUUGCACGGGCUUGCGCCGAACGAGAGCCAGACCCUUUUGAGUUUUCUUCUGGAUCGGAAUCCGAAGGAGACAUUUUUACCAGCCCUAAGAGGAUUUCAGGUUCAGAAUGCACUACUCCAAAAGCUUCCACCUCCUCCAACAAUUUCACUAAGUCAGGAUCCACUCCUCUGCCUCUUUCAGGCGGAACUUCAAGUUCUGACAAUUCGUGGACAAUGGAUGCAUCCAUUGAUGAGGUUGUGCGGAAAGCAAAAAUGGGAGCCCCUCCAACUAUGCCUCCCGGCUUUCCCUACAUCUCUUCUCCUUCGGUCUCUCCUCCCACCCCUGAACCUCUGCACAAGGUGUAUGAGGAGAAAACCAAGCUGCCUUCAUCCGUGGAAGUCAAAAAGAAGUUGAAAAAGGAACUGAAGACCAAAAUGAAGAAGAAGGAGAAGCAGAGAGAUAAGGAGAGGGAAAGAGACAAAAGCAAGGAGAAGAGUAAAGAGAAGGACAAAGGGAAAGAGAAAGAGAAAGAGAAGGAGAGCAGCAAGGAAAUCAAGUACCCCUGGAAGGAAUUCCUUAAAGACGAAGAGCCAGAUCCCUAUAAGUUUAAAAUAAAAGAAUUUGAGGAUGUCGAUCCAAAAGUGAGAUUGAAAGAUGGAAUAGUGAGGAAGGAGAGAGAGAAGCAUAAAGAUAAGAAGAAAGACAGAGACCGAGGCAGAAGGGAUAAAGAUAAGAGAGACCGGGAGAAGGUUAAAGAGAAGGGGCGGGAGGAGAGGCCCAGAGCGGCCCCUGGGCCCCUGGUGCUGCCCCCGAAGGACGCACCGCUGCCCUUGUUCAGCCCCGUGGCGGCCGCCAGGGUCCCUGCCGUGUUGCCCGCUCUGUCGUCGGUGCUCCCUGAAAAACUGUUCGAAGAAAAAGAGAAGCCCAAGGAGAAAGAAAGGAAAAAGGACAAAAAGGAGAAGAAGAAAAAGAAGGAGAAAGAGAAGGAGAAGGAGAAGAAAGACAAGGAAAGGGAGAGAGAAAAGAGGGAGAGAGAGAAGAGAGAAAAAGAAAAGGACAAGCACAGGCAUGAAAAAAUCAAAGUGGAGCCAGUUGUCCCAGCCCCAAGUCCGGUUAUUCCCCGAUUGACUCUCAGAGUUGGUGCUGGCCAAGACAAGAUGUAAGUAGAAACGUUUUCAAUUAGAGU